GAGGUGAGGGGGGAGAGGGGGGGGGGGUGUAACGUGAUAAUAUAAACGGACGGCAGCUGACCGUCAGGGCCGCAGAUGGAGCCGGGGACGUCGCGUGAUGCUCCUGCCGGCUCGGAGCUCCUUAGACCCAGCGGUCUGCGGGAGGAGACCCCGGGAGAGGAGGCGAGAGACGGAGAGGAGAGACCCGGGAGACCCGGGAUGCUGAGGAGGAGAGGACCGGCCAGAGACACCGAGGAGGAGGAGGAGGAGCAGACUACUACCGGAGGAGAAGAAGGAGAAGAUGAUGGAAAACACGAGGAGGAGCUGGACCCCAGAAUACAGGAGGAGCUGGAGCAUCUCAACCAGGCCAGUGAGGAGAUCAACAAGCUGGAGCUGCAGCUGGAUGAGGCCAGGUCCAGCUACAGGAGGAUCCUCACCGACUCUGCCAGGAAGCUGAAUGCUCAGGGCUCCCAGCUCGGUGCCUGCAUUGAGAAAGCGAGGCCGUACUAUGAAGCCCGCAGACUGGCCAAAGAGGCUCAACAGGAGACCCAGAAGGCAGCUCUGAGAUAUGAGCGGGCCGUGUCCAUGCACACUGCUGCCAGAGAGAUGGUCUACGUGGCGGAGCAGGGCCUCCUGGCCGACAGGAACACCAUGGACCCGACCUGGCAGGAGAUGCUUAACCACGCCACGUCUAAGGUGAACGAGGCGGAGGAGGAGCGCCUCCGCAGCGAGCGUGAGCACCAGCGCGUCACGCAGCUCUGCCAGGAGGCCGAGGCUCGAGUCCAGACUCUCCAGAAAGCCCUGAAGAAGGUCAUCCUCAAAUCCAAACCUUACUUUGAACUCAAGGCUCAGUUCAAUCACAUUCUGGAGGAACACAAGGCCAGAGUCGUACAGCUGGAGGAGCGGGUGGCGAAGGUAAAGACGGCGUACUCUGUGGCCCUGCGGAACCUGGAGCAGAUCAGCGAGCAGAUUCACACACAGAGGGGACGAAUGAGGGCCAGCAGGGGGUGUCCGGCGGUCUGCGGGGGGCGGAGCUCCCCCGUAGGCGCCGAGGCCGAGGUCAGAGCCACCGUCGGGGUUCGCACCGGGAGCAGCUGCGCGGGAGUCGGCGGGAUUAGAGAGCAACUGGGGCGGACGGUCGAGAAAACCAGGCUGUGGGUGGAGAGGCACAGAGAGAGCGGCUGGGGCCAGAGGGAGCGGCAGGAGGCGGAGCAGGGCGGCUCAGACUGCAUGUCCGUCAUCAGCCUGCAGACCAUCGCCUCCGACCUGGAGAAGUGUGACUCGUGGGAGCACCUGGGUGAGCUGAGCGACGUCGGAGCGUGCUGGGCGAGGAGUGGGACCCGCGGCAGGAAGCCUGACGAGAGGCCGGUCAGCAGGGAGGUGGUGACCGAGGGGCCCCAGCAGGAGAAGGGAGCCGUUAGUAAAGAGAAGCAGGAGAGCUUCAUCAAACAGCACCACAGAAGUGUUAGUCUAUGAUGCUCAGCAGGAGGAGGAAGAUGAUGAGGAUCAUGGUGAGGGAUCAGAGAGGACAUCAGAGAGGACAUCAGAGAGGACAUCAGAGAGGACAUCAGAGGGGAGAGAGGAAGCACUCUGACUGAAAGGUGGUAGACGAGCUUGCAGGAAUGCUGACAGUGACUGACACGGCGCUGCCCGGUCACUGCCGUCAGGAAUAGCAAGAAGUGUUGGCAGGUACGCCGGCCACACACUAAUGAACCUCUACGUGACCAGCAAUUAACAGACAGAGCAGUCCUGCAGAGAGCGCUGACCUCCCCUCAGGUGCACCGAUCCAGUCUGUUGCUCCGCACGCUGAAACGAAAGUGCAUGAAACCAUCAGCAGGCUGAGGAUAACUGAUCACUGUAGCAUAACAAACAAGCAGUCUACAAACACAUGCCUCUGGUUUUUAACGUCACUGCAGACCAUUUCAACAAGUUGUUUUCUGUGUUUAUGCUUUAGUGAUGGACGAACGGGCCUCUUGUCUGAAGGGUAAUUCCAGUUACUUUUGUUUGUUCAUCCUUUUCUCUCAGUUA